CCUCAUGAUGUAUGGGGACACUGUAAUUCCAUGCAGCUAGAACACAAAGUAUUCUGUGGGUAGGAGAGGGACAGAUAAGGUUGGAGAGACAAACAGGGGCCGACUUACAGAUGUUUCACUAGGAGCCUGUACUUUUUCCUACAAAGAACCGAAACCACUGAAAAAUCCUAAUCAGGGUAACGAUGCGAUCGGUUUACACUUUCAAAAGAUCUGUGGUCUAAGACUCUCAGGGAAGGGCUGCCCCUGGCCGAGGGUCUUCACUCACGCUACACCUAGAUUCACUGACGACUUGCUUCUUUCUCCCAACCGGUGCGCUCCCGCCCCUCGAAGAGCUCCUGUGGUCUGAAUUCAACAUCACUUCCCGGCAGGAGACUGGGCACUCGCUGUCACCCGUGGGCGGCCACCCUCAACGUGAUCUGAGCAUCCUUCCGGAGGCUGACAGACCUGGGCUUCGGUAUUGGGCUCUGCCCCUACUUGUGACCACCGUGCUUGCCUCAUUUUCCUUAUCUGCAGGAGGGGAAGGCCCGGCUCCUAUCCCACAGGAGUCUGCGCUCUGCGAGUGCCGGGAUCUCAGCAGCUGUGGGGAAAGCCAGCGUGGGGCAGCCCCCAGCGCCUGUAGUGACGAGCCGGCGGGCGAGCGGGCCCAUCGUUGUCGGCAGCGGCAUGGUCUUCUGUCUGGAGAACGAGGAGCCUCGCUGCCCGCUGCCAAGCGCCAUGGUCCAUCUCCAGGCCUCGGAAGUCCAGCAGCUGCUACACAACAAGUUCGUCGUCAUCUUGGGGGACUCCAUCCAGCGGGCUGUGUAUAAGGACCUGGUGCUGCUGCUCCAGAAAGACUCAUUGCUCACGGCAGCCCAGCUGAAAGCCAAGGGAGAGCUCAGCUUUGAACAGGACCAGCUGGUGGCUGGGGGCCAGCUGGGCGAACUGCACAACGGAACACAGUACCGAGAGGUCCGCCAGUUCUGCUCUGGUUCCGGCCACCACCUUGUGCGCUUCUACUUCCUCACCCGCGUUUACUCCGAGUACCUAGAGGAUGUCCUGGAGGAGCUGACAUAUGGGCCUACCCCGGACCUGGUGAUCAUCAACUCCUGCCUCUGGGAUCUCUCCAGGUAUGGUCGCUGCUCCAUGGAGAGCUACCGGGAGAACCUGGAGCGGGUAUUCGUGCGCAUGGACCAGGUGUUGCCAGACUCCUGCCUGCUGGUUUGGAAUAUGGCAAUGCCUCUGGGGGAGCGUGUCACUGGGGGCUUCCUCCUGCCAGAGCUCCAGCCUCUGGCGGGCUCUCUGCGGCGAGAUGUAGUUGAAGGGAACUUCUAUAGUGCCACACUGGCCGGGGACCACUGUUUCGACGUCCUGGACCUCCACUUUCAUUUCCGGCAUGCAGUACGGCACCGUCACCGGGACGGCGUCCACUGGGACCAGCAUGCCCACCGCCACCUCUCACACCUGCUUUUGACCCACGUGGCUGACGCCUGGGGCGUGGAGCUGCCCAAGCGGGACCAUCACCCUGACCCGUGGAUUGAGGACAGGCCAGAGAUGGACCAUCCGUUCCAGGGAAUCCACAGGCAGCCCCCAGACGUCGGGGAGCAGCUACGCCCACCCCUGCCCUCUCCCUUGCCUCCUCCCAUGCCCUUUCCCUACCCCCUUCCUCAGCCUUCACCGCCUCCCUUGUUCCCACCACUGCCCCAGGAUACCCCUUUUUUCCCAGGCCAGCCCUUCCCACCCCAUGAAUUCUUCAGUUAUAAUCCAGUGGAGGACUUCUCGACGCCAACCCACUUAGGAUGUGGCCCUGGAGUGAACUUUGUGCCUGGUCCUCUGCCACCUCCAGUCCCCAGCCCUGUCCCCUAUGGUCAGCACCGGGGCCCAGUGGUGCACCGGGGGAUGCCACGCUGUAUUCCCAAUGGCCCCUACCCUAUGCCAAGAAUGGGGGGGCCUUGCAGGCAGCGGCUCAGACACUCAGACAGACUGAUCCACACACACAAACCGGAUGGACGGCCUCCUGCCCAUUCAGGGACAUGGCUUGGGUAGACUGGAAUUUGGGCUGGAUUUGUCAGUGGCCCUGCAGGGCCUGCCCGGAAUCCCAUGUGCUGGGGCAGGGUGUCUGCUAUGCCCAGUGUUAUUCUUGUCCAUCGCUGUCACCAAUAAAGGCAUGGAAGAACGGAGUGACAUCUUCCUGUGUAGGGGAGUGGAUCUCCCAAACCACAGUCUUAGAUUUGGGGAGGCUUCUUCUGGGCUCUUCCCAGCCCUGGACCUUUGGCUCCUCAGUAUUUAGAAACCAUUGAAUGGGUCCUUCCUGCUGUCUCACCCAUUUCCACAGUCACUAGAACAUAUGUGUGCUUAACAAAGCAAUUGGAAGGAUCUUCAAUUGUCAGCAGCUCUUUGGGGUUGGGAAAAAUGAAGGGCUGAAUUGAAAUUGUUGGCACUUUAUAUGGAAUUUCAGAUCAGGCUAGUUCUUAUAUCUUCCAAUCUCGUGCUCAUUUUUACAUUCAUCGUUCACCUACACCUGGACAUAGACACAUACCUUGUUUUGCACAAUUCUUGGCACAUAGUAGAUGCUUAAUAAGUAUUUGGAACUAAACAAGCUCCCAAGUCAAGUGGAAGACACAUCAGAAACUCAUUAAUAGAUAUAACGUGCAAGGGGAGCAAAGUGAAAACCAGGCUUUGAGGGGAGGCGGUACAUGAGGUAAGGGACACAAGUUCCUUGGAAAGGAGAAUCCGUGCUUAAGGGAUUUGGGAAAGGCAAGGUGGGCAAGGGGCUUGGGAUUUGAGGAGUGGUCCUGACCCUAGGUUUGAGACCCUACGAAGAGCAUCAAGAGUGGUGUGUUUGGUCAGAGUGGGGCAGGAAAUAAGGUAACAGGGACCCAUCAAAGAAUUUUGAAGGAGAAGAGGAAGAAAGGGAUGCAGAUGUUUUGCAUUGACUCUUUGUACUUGUUACUGAGAAUUUAUUUACCUUGGCAAGAGGCAGAUAACCUCACGUAAAAGGAGUGAGAAAUAGACUGGAAAAAUGUCGAUCCUUGGUAGCAAUCUACAAAAUACAAAUGAAAGGAAGCUGUCUCAGUUAUCUAGGGCAGCUAUAACAGAAAUGCCACAAGUGGAAUGUUUUAACAAACAAAUUUAUUUUCUCACGAUUUAGGAGGCUAAAAGUCCAAAUUCAGCGUGCCAGCUCUCUCUGUUGGCUCUGGAAAAAGGUUUUUGUCUCAGAGCUUCUGCUUCUAGGCAGUCUUCAGGUGGCUUGACGUAUGUCUUCCCCAUGUCUCUGCUUGCUUGCUUGUCCUAAUCUUUUUUAUAUCUCAAAAGAGAUUGAUUCAAGAUACACCUUACGCUAAGCCUACCUUAUUAACAUAACAAAGACAGCCCAUUCCCAAACGGGAUUAUAACCACAGGCAUAGAGGUUAGGAUUUGCAACAUAUUUUGAGGGGACAUAAUACAGUCCAUAACAGAAGCUAUUAACACACACUAGUACUGGGGAAAGGAGCCCUGGUGGCCAGUGGUUAAGCACUCAACUGCUAACUGAAAAGUCAGCCAUUCGAACCCACCAGCCACUCUUCAGGAAAAAGAUGUGGCAGUCUACUUCCAUAAAGAUUACAGCCUUGGAAACCUGUGGGACAGUUCUGCUCUGUCCUAUAGAGUCACUAUGAGUCAGAAUCAACUCGAUGGCAUUGGGUUUGGUUUUCGGCUGGUUAUAACCCGAUAAUUCCAGUCCAAGAGAAAUGAAUGUAUCGGUCCACCAAAAGACUUGAACAAGAAUAUUUAUAGGAGCUUUAUUCACAAUAAUGAAAACCUCAAAACAGCUCAAAUGACUAUCAACAGGAGAAUGGAUAAAUUAUGGUCUGUUCAUAGAAUGAAAUACUACACGCUAGUAAGGGAGAUGCCACUGAAGUACAACAACAUGGGUAAUCCUCACAGACAUAAUAUGGAAAGAAACCAGACAAAAGAGUACACUGUGUAUGAUUUCAAGAAUAGGCAAGACUAAUCUACGGUGAUGGAAUCAGAAGAGUGGUUACCUUUUGGGAGAAGGGGCAUAAUAGAACUUCUGGGAUGGUGGAAAAGAUUUGUGCAUUUUGCUCGUAUGUAAAAUGUGUGCAUGAAUUAUAUCUCAAUCAAAAGAGAACCAGAAUGGAUUUUUUCCAGGAAUGCAAGAGUGGUUUAACAUUAAAAGAAACAUAAAAAUGUAAUUCACUCUAUAAACAGAAUAAAGCAGAGCCACCAAAUAAUCACUAUAACCUGACCUAACCCAGUGCUGUCAAGCUGAUUCUGACUCAUAGCGGCCCUAUAGGACAGAGUACAACCGUUCCAUGGGGUUUUCAAGAAGCAGCUGGUGGAUUCGAACUCUCGACCUUUUGGUUAGCAGCUGAGCUCUUACCCCUGAGCCACCAGGUCUCCAAUCCUCACAAUAGAUGUAGAAAAAACAAUUUUAUCAGUUAUCAAACUAGGAAUGGAAGGAAAUUUCCCUAACUGGAUAAAGGUUACCUACCAAAAACCUACAGUAAGCAUAAUUCGUAAUGGUGGAACUUUAGAAGCAGUGCCUUUUAAAUCAGAACAAAGCUAAUGGUACCUAUGAAUAGCGAUUCCACAUGCCACUGUGUGGGAACCCCACCUUGCACAGUGAGAUGAAGAACACACAGGAAGAGAACAUGUCCCGACAACGUCUAGUUUUCAGCUUUAUGUGGUUUUCUUCCGUUUACAGCUUCAUAGCUCUCAUAUGUUACAAAUAUUUUGUAAGUAUACGAUAUUUUGUAAGUAUCUCGAUUUUAAAAAUGGACAUUUUUUGGUUAGAUAUUUGAAGACAAAGGCCAGAAAAUACGGUAGAAGCCAUAGACAUUAAAUUGUCUUUUUUUUGUUUGUUUUAACGUGAAAAAUAUUUGAAAGGCAAGGGAGCCAUAUAAAGGAAGCAAGGGUUAGUUCCCGACUAUCAAUGGAGAUGUUCGGUCAGCAGUAAAAAAAAUAACGGGUCCAAAGUUAAGCACGUCCGGACACUGACAUGCCUCACAAAGACAGCUCUUUAUCCCCGAAGGAAUGGGAUAAUGUCAGUCUGGGGCUGGGCUAGGAACCCGAGGUACAGAAGCCCGCGAGACUGGACCCCUUCUUUUCCAAGGCCUCUGGGUCUCUGGUAUGGCGAUGGACGGAAUACACAAGGUUGGGGGGCCCCGGCCAGAGACCUGGGGUAAGGAGUGAGGAGUCAGUGAAGCUGCCACUGGGCCCGAGGC